GGGUUGCUCGGCGCAGGCAGGGACGCGGCGAAGGAGCCGCAAGGGAGUGGAACAAAGCGCGAAGGAGCGGGUGACAGCCGGCCCGAGGGCUGCCCUCCCCGCGGGGGCGCCCCGCGCCCGGUCCCCAGCCAUGACCCCGCGCCGGUCCCGGCUGCGCCGCCACGGCGCUUCCCGCUAAAGGCACCGGCUCCUUGCUCGACCCCUACCUCCUCCGCCUCCUCCUCGCCGCUGAGGCUGCCGCCUCCACCUCCCCCCCGGAGCCCUACCGGAGUGAUGGGCUGCAUCGGAUCCCGCACCGUGGGAAAUGAGGUGAUUGCAGUAGACUGGAAGGGACUAAAAGAUGUGGACCAAAUCAAUAUGGACAGCACCAGUUCACUGCAUGGCAGCAGCUUCCAUCGACCUUCCACUGAGCAAACACGGACAGAUUUCUCCUGGGAUGGUAUCAACCUCUCCAUGGAAGAUACGACCUCCAUCCUCCCCAAGCUGAAACGCAACUCCAAUGCUUAUGGGAUUGGGGCUUUGGCUAAAUCAUCUUUCUCUGGCCCCUUAGGGAUAUCUCGCAGCAUGAAGGACCACGUCACAAAGCCAACAGCUAUGGGCCAAGGACGUGUGGCUCACAUGAUCGAAUGGCAAGGCUGGGGCAAAGGUAACAGCCAGCAGCAGCAACACACGCAUGAGACAGCACGCAAAGAUGCUGAUGCCUACUCAGACCUGAGUGACGGUGAAAAGGAGGCACGGUUCCUUGCAGGAGUAAUGGAGCAAUUUGCUAUUUCUGAGGCAACUCUCAUGGCCUGGUCCUCCAUGGAUGGUGAGGAUGUGAGUGUAAACUCAAAUCAGGAGAAUCCAGGAGGAAACUACUCUGAGAACUAUCAGGAGCUAAUGGAGAGCCAAGAGCAUAUGGCCCAGACGCAGUAUGACAGCUGGCCUCACUCCUACGUCUCACAGGGCAUGUAUUGCUUAGGUUCAUCUGAUGCCUGGGAGACCAGUGACCAGUCCCUCAUCGCCUCCCCAGCAACUGGCUCCUACUUAGGCCAGAAUUUUGAUGAGUCCCAGACAAACCUUCAGGAAAGCAUUUUGAUGCAGAGUAGCCUUCUCCAGCAGCAACAGCUGCAGCAACAGCGGCAGGAGCAGAACUUCAUCCAGAGCACGGGGCUGGUCCACGUGUGGCCUCUGCAGACUGCUCAGGGUGGGGCUGAGUCCAGCACAUACAUGGAGGACCACAUUGAGGAUGAAGGGAACACACGGCUGGAGAAGGCUCCUCUCCUAAACAAGAAGCCCUCUCUGGAGGAGGAUGAUGCAGUGUGCCGGGACCUGGAAUCACUGUCUCCUCGAGAGGAGAUGGAACAUGCUGCGCUGAGCCGUAAAGUCUCAGAUGUCACCUCCUCUGGAGUGCAGUCCUUUGAUGAGGAAGAAGGAGAAACAAACAACUGAUGCUUUCUGUGAAGUUCUCAUCACUGCUGAACAGAGAGAGGGGUGACAAGGAAUGAAAUUACAGGGAUUCUUCUCUCCAGCUCCCAUACUUCCUAGCAGACACCCCCUUUCCAUUCCUGACAUUUAAUUAUUUUUUUAAACAAGAGGAAAAUCUAAAAGUGAUUGACACAUGAAGACCUCUUCCCCUCCACCAUGGACAUGUAUUUUUGAUUUUUUGUUGCUCUGGGCAACACAUGUGAAGUGCUUGGAGAGAUCUGGACUGGUAAAUAAUUUCUAAAUCUUUUUAAUACAAAGUCUUGGCUGUGGAUAUAAACUCUUCUGUUACUGGGGGUGUGGCUGAUGAGAUAGGCUUUCUAUAGGGAGCAGCUAUGUGGCUAGAACCCAUCUUGGCAGAAUGGAUGUUGCUCUGUGGACAUGAUCACCUUUGAUAAAUAUAUGAAUAUAAACUGAUUUAAAAUGAAGAAAUGGCUUUACAAAUACAGAUUGCAUUAGUAAUGUGAUUGUAGCUGAUAAGUCUGUAUUCUAUACAGACUGUACUGAGAUGAACAAUUUGCUGUGUAACCAGAUCCUCAAUAGCACCUUGAUAUGAAAGCGUAGGUUCAAUGGAUAUGAACUGCGCUCUGUGGGCUUGGGCUGUGCUGCAGUACAGAUGAUGUGGCUCUGUGGCCGUGGCCGUGCUGUGGCAUGGAAGAAUGGAUGCAGAUACCGACCUAUCCCUGCUCUCAGAUAUUCAUACUUUGGUCUCUUUCUAAUCUCUAUGACAUUUAUACCUUCCCAGGAGCUGGCAAGAGUGUUGUGUCCUUUUGGCCCUGGGCACUGGAUGUCAGUGUCAGCUAUGGAGGCAGUCAUAAAAAUCUAACUGUUGCAGGGGGCUUGAGAGCAUGUCCAUCUUGGUGCUGCUGCUGUAUCCUUCUGUCAUUUCCCUUGCCAGCAGUAUGGGGAGACUCAGAGUAGGCAUCAGAUCCAGGAACAGUGUGUACAGCUAUGAGAUCAGAGAUAUCCAGUUUACAUUGGAAUUUUCAGUUUUUGCUUUUUUUAACUUUUUUAUAUUGCUGGGUAAGUGUUCCUGACAAAGCUGUUUAUAAUGGGAAAAGCCUGUACUCCAGUCACCACUGAACAGAAAUACUGCAACUUUCCCAUUUCUGCCACUUCUACUGCAGUGCCAAAUCUAGCUGGAGGAAAAGGAGUGAGGGGAAGUUUUCUCCUCCUAUUGCUUUCUUCUUUCUGCCUGUAUUUUCUUCUUUUGUUUUCCUAGCCCAAAGCAAUGUAAAUAAUGCUCAGUACUUGGUCUGUUUAUCCCUACUGUGUCUUUUUUCAGGAGUGGAGAAGUCUUAUUUCAGGAGUUUUCCCUAUUUGUACGGGUCCUAUAUUUUUCUUGUUAAAAAAAUAUGGUUCAUUGACUGGGGGGAAUUCAGUCUAUUACAAUUCCUCACCAUGUUUCUACAGACUUCCUUUGGGGGGAAGGGGUUCUGAAAGGAAGUUGAACAACAAACUGUCUCCUUUCAAGCUUUCACCAGAAAAUAAACAGGAGCAAAAGCAAAAGAAAAAAUUGUACAAGGCUAUCGAUUUUGCUGGAGGACUGAAGAGAACCAGCAGGCAUUACCCAAGUGCUGAGUUUUGAUUGCAAGACUGCUUGCAAGGAAGCAUGAGCAAAGCAUGGGUUUAGAUCAGACGCUAGAUCUGAUGAGCUAGAGAAAGGAAUUUGCCUAGGCACUGCCUUAGUGUCACAGAGCAACUCUUCCUCACUUGCUCUGACUCACCUCUGCUCUGUUUAUUUCAUGAUUCAUUUGCCUUUUCAGGCUUGGUGUAUUUUUUGGAUGACAGGAGAGUAAUACAUGUUCCUUUCCUGGUUCAGGUUUAGUCCCAGCAUAUUUGCAGGGAAGAAUGUCUGAGGAGAAUAAACUGUGGCUGAAGUAAUAUCCUCAAGUGUCAGAGCUCAGACAGCUCCUGGUAAGCAAAGCAGAUUAUGCCUAGGAAUUAUGAAAGGUACGAAUGGGACUCUCAGGUAGAACUUUAUCGCCACUCAGCUUUCUCCCACCUGCACAGGCAGCUGUGUGAAGAGGGUCUCCUCUGUGAACACCUAAGUCUUUACAGCCAAGUCCACUCCAAGCAGAUCUGCCUUCCCUCUCCAUUACACCUCUAAAGGGAAGACCUUUGGGACGUUUAAGUAAGACUGUUAAUUUGUUGUAGGUAAGAGAUAAAAGCUUUUGUGACCACCUUCUUUUCCCCAUGGGCUUGGGUUUGCUUACAUCCCUCUGAGGAGGUAGCUCUUCUCCUGAAUGAUGAACUUUCAAUAUGUCUUUUAAAGAUGUUUACACAUUCAGGUGCUACCCUCCCUUGGACAGGAGGGGUUGAUAAAGAUGAUCUCCUACAGUUUUUGCAGGGCCAUUGCAAGCUUGUUGUCCUGAAUUGGUUUGGGUCUAGCUGUGGAGCACUGCCUAGGAAAUCACACUGGCCAGAACAGGGAGACAGGGCAAGUGCCAAGAGCAUUUCAGCAGAUGACAUAUAAUCUUAAGUGUUAACCUUUUCUUAUUUCCUUUUUAAAAAGCCUUCAGGGAAACAAAAAUGGUCAGGUACAUUGCUUUGUGGGAGAAGAUCUGGGUGUCUUACUGCUUUUUUCUCCGAACUAUUUUGUUCCCAUGUGCCUCUCCAGGACCAAUCUGGAUGUUUACGGUAACUUUGAGAGUAGCUUCUAAUGUUCCCUCUGUGUUGUUUACAGGACUGGAACACAUGGGUCACAUUGUCAGGGCUUCUUUUUCUUUUGAUGUAGACAUGUAGUAUAUUUACUAAGAUGUCUGAUUGAUGUCUAAAAGAUGUAUGUUAUCUCCAUGCAAGGCAGUGACAGGGAAUUGUCUAUAUGGGAAAUGGUGUGAAAAAAAUUGACCUUAUAGAAAAAUUCUGUUGAGUUCAAUAAGAAGAGAAAACAUACCUGUACAGUAUUCCAAGCUCUGUGUCAUGCAUUAGAGAAUUAUACCCUGCUGUAUUAUUCCAUAACUUUAUCUUCAGGAAUCUAUAAAUAGAUUCUCUGUGAAUUCAGACUGGUUUGAAGAGUAGUCUCUGUAAACAAACUUUCAAGAUUACUAAAUUCUUAAAAACUUUUCCAUAGAGGUCUUGACUUCCUAUGAAUAAUAAAAUUUCAGCCUUUUUCUCAAAAAAGGAAAAAAAAUAAAAAUGGAAAGGCUAUUUUACAUGACCUCUCUGCAAUCCAAAAGAGAAAUGUAUCUACAAUUGCCAGGAGCUUUACUGGAGAGAGCAGGUCUGCCCAUCCACACUUGCUACCUGAGUGAGCAUCGUGCUCUGAAUUGAAAGGCAGUUUGAAUCUCUUUGAAAAUGGAAACUGGUUUGUAUAACCAGGCCUUUUCUUAUGCAACAGGCCUGCUGUUUGUCUCUAUCUGGUAUCAGAGAGAGGGACCUGGAACCUACUGUACAUUUCCCAGAAAAGCCAUUAUUACAUAGCUACACCUAUUCAAGCAUAUGGAAGGCACAGGUGCUCUGUGAGGAAAAUUUGGCCUGCAGUUUCUUUAUCCUGGUGAGGAAGGAUGAGUUGGAGAGAGUCCAGCCAAAUACUCAGAGCCCACAUUGAAUUUGUGAGGCUGAAGAUAAGAAGGAGAGGUAAGCUCUGUAUCCCUGAUCUACAGUUACUAAGAAACUGAGCCCUGUUAUUGUUUUACAAGAGCUGCACUACAUAAAAUUUUGGGUUUUCUUGAAGCAGCAGAGGUAGAAGAUUCCCAUCUUCCUCCCCAACCCUCUAACCCCAAGCCUUUGUCUUUAAUAGGAACUUGAUUAAAUUAUUUGCUGAACAUGAUGGAAAAUUUAAACACAAGUGACCCAAACUGAAAAAGAUCUCAGAUUCCACUGCAAGAAAAUUCUCGCUUGUUUCUUUUCCCGUAAUUGUUCGUAUCCCAUCAGUUACUUUAUUUCAUAAGGUUUUCUUUUAUAUAAACCUUAAGCUUUCUUUCCAAGCCUUGCGAGUUCUUCUCAACUCCAUUACCUCAGGCUCUAGGAUAGGGGCAUCAAUAUGCUUCUUUCAGUUUCUGUGCCUCUAAAUCAUUAUCUUCUUCUGGGAAGCUGCAGACAAGUAACCCACUUACUUUUCCUGCUAAAAAACUUUACCAUCACUUUUGAAGACAGGCGUGCAGGAGAAAAUGGAGUUUAACUGUACCUCUAAGCUGACCAAAUGGCCAGCUGCUCUGAAAGGAGGCCUGACUGUGCUCACUUCCCACAGCCCCUGUGUGGAUGCUGGUGCACAGCUGGCCCCACAGCAAACCAGUGCUCUUUUACCCUACUGUAAAAGUGAAGAAGGAACAGCUAUGAGCAGAGGGAGAGCGAGUACUAUUCUCAGCAGCUGGCUUUUAUAUCAGGUUAGGGGUACUGGGAAAGUACACUUAGAAAUGGCAUCUUCAUGAGAAGUCUCAGCUGCUAAAAGGAGCUGUCAUGCCUCCUUCUGUCACCACCAGCUAUAUACUUCUACUGCCUAAGAAGCACCAGCGCUAACACUCCUUUGGCUGCUCAGGAACUGGCCCAAUAGCGAAAACUAACCUAGUCCCCUAUCAAAAUAAGGGUUUCAGUGGGAUCAGCUCCUUGUAUAAUUUCAUUUGGUGAGGCACACAUCACCGAGGGAUGGUGAAAAGUGCAGGUGAUCAUGUUGAAGAAUAUUUCUUUGUUUGCAGAUGCAACUUAAAUUGCUUAAGUUGACUGAAAUAUCUGUCCAAGAAGAAUAAACUCAGCUAGGGUACCAGGGAGGGCAUGUGCCCCCUUUCUUCCCUGGUAUUUUCCUUCUAAUUUCUAGUAUGCUGUCAUCUGAUUUGUUCUUUGUUGUUAUUUAAUGCCCUGAUAUUUCCCUCACUAUUCCAUACCCUUCUACAGGCUCCUUUGAGAUAAACCCUUGCAAUCGGGCAGAAGGAGAUGAGUAACUUGAUAUGCACAUGAAAUUAAUAAAAUAAUCAUGCACAAAUCUCGUAUGCACUCAGUGAGUACACUCCAUGGCAGCUAAAGGUACUGAGAAGUGUUCUCCUGUAAUUGCAAGAGGCAGAACCUUGUGCGGGAGUGAAGCACAACUGUUGAAACUGAGGUUUAGUCUUAUCUUUAAGCCAGUUCCAAUCUAGUGAGAGAUCCAGAAUGCACUUUGCACCUUGGCAGGGUCUGAGCAAGAUGCACUGUGUACAACAGCAACUGAAAAAUAUUAGUUAGAGGUCCAGAGAAGAGAACUGGAGAGAAGAAAAUAAUUUUCUUCAUUUGGCAGAGAUAUGAGGUACGGUGGUGAUGCAAUGUAGUGUACAACAGUACAGGCUUGUGGACAACUGUGUGUGCUCUGUGCAACAGCAAGGAAAAGUGUAGCCAGUGAGGGAAAGGCAUUGUGAGAAAGGCUUGGGAACAAGGUCAAGAAAAGCUAUCUUAUGUUUACACAACACAGGCAGGAACCUUCAUGGCAGAGUCCAGGCAGAAUGGGCUCAGUUAGAGAAUUGCUACACAAGUUGUAGCUCCAGGAUUGGUGCAGCAGAUUGGUACUCCUUGGUCCAAGCCACACUUCUUUCUGUAUGACAGAGUGAUAGGAAAGAGACGUUCCUAUACUUGGGUAACUAGUGGCUUCUUUUUCAUUAUCUUUGAAACACAGUUCAUAAUAUGCUUGAUUCUUCAGGGGAAUCAUAUAAGAAAUACACCACAUAAGAACUUGGUCAUUGUGCAAAUAAAGUUAAUGUGAAUUCUGCUCUCAUUAGAAACCCAAAAUAUCUAAAUUUAGCUCAGUAUGCCUUAACUGUUGUAUUGGUAAUUGCUUAGCAGGAGAGGCAAACCGAAAUAAAUCCAGCUCUAAAUGUUGUAGAGAGCAGAGCAACGUUGGCGUAAUCUAAGCUCUUCCUUCUAAUUUCUCCCAGAUGGAAUUUCCCAUGUUCCACGUUCAGACAACUCUAAGCAAUCUGGCCUUUCCUUUAAACUAACUCUUGAACUUUUUCGAAAAGAAAAAGGAAAAGAAAGGAAAGCAACCCCCCACCCACCCCCAACCAUUCCAAUACAGAGAUUAUCAGCAAAUGGUGCCCUUACAUCUAGAAAAGUAUAAAUAAAUAAUAACUUCAUCUUUCAUUCUCCUCCCCUGUAGCCAUCUGAUAGGGAAAGAUUUCAAAGUUCUGGCUCAGGGAAAGGAAAAGUAAACAGGGGAAGUGUGGAUAAAUUAGUGCUUAUUAGAACUAAAUAUGUGUGUAGGACAGCCUACAGUCAUUAAAGCACAGUCUCAAAUAUGAAUGCAAGCUAUAAAGUCAAUGCCAGAUGUCUCUUUUGUAUCAUAGGCUUUUCCCAGGCUGGGUAGUAGUGAACCUGCACAAGAGCAGAGGAGAACAGCUGCGCAUCUCUGCCGUAUCGAUGUUUCUCUGUCUCAAAAAGUGUCAUGGAGCCUGAGCAAGACUGCUGGGUACACUGCUCUCUGAGCAGCCAGCUUCCUGAAUUGACUGGGGUAGGGAUGAAGACAAAUGGUUAUUAUGUUAAUAAAUGGACAUGGAAGAUCUGUGGUUAGAACAUCAGGGUCUAUUUACAUCCUUGCACUGACGUUUUUCCCCAGCACAGGCAGAACAAAGUUUUAUCUUUUCCUGGAGAUCAAGAGAAGCAAGUUCAGUGUCAGUGUUGGUUUGCACAAAAGAAAAUAAAUAUGUGAUAUAUUUUUCCAGUGCAGAUGUAUGUUGUUGGAAGAGGAAAAAUUUAGUCAGGCUGUGACUUUCUGAAAAAGAGUAUGUUUACUAAAACUGUAAAGACUUGUUCAAGAAUGUUCUCAGUGCAGGUAUCAUAGAAUCAUAGAAUGGUUUGGGUUGGAAAGGACAUAAAAGAUCAUCUAGUUCCAACCCUCCUGCCAUGGGCAGGACUUACCUUACUGAUGAGUGAUAGCUGCUGUCUUCUAGGAAGAGAGAGAUUGCAGUGUUCUAUGAGAAGAAUGCUAGUGUGGAUCUUCCUAGUGUGGAUCUUCCUCGUCUCCUAUGACUUGAGGACUUUUUAAAUACUUGUUUUUGCUUUCCCAUAGGGAUCAAAUGACCAUGCUAGCAAGACAAAGGCAUCUAAAAGGCUUUUCUCCAUUAUGGGGCAAGAUCAUGUGCCAAGAUUUACUUCUAAGACAAUAAAGGCAUCUAGUCCAGAUUUAACUGGCCUUCUGGAAUGAUUUUCAUUGGGCAGGGAAAUCCAGUCAUGACUUGGAGGUCAAAAGGUUAAGAACUCUCUUCUAGAGCUCUGCCAAGUUCCCAUGAGGCAAGUAGAGGUGGACUUCCCCUCUUUUCAGAUACUGCAUGCGUGAGCAAUAUAGCAAGCAAAAAGCUCUUUUGCAGGCAUAUAUUCUUGUUCGGCUUCAAUUUUUCUUCUCUGAUUUGUGGAUGUGGUGCAUGAUUGGAGGUCUCUCAGAAUCCCUACAGUAUAAAAUCGGGAGUCAGAAGUAAUUUUACAGGGAACAGGAUUUCUCUUGUUUCAGUUCUUUUCAGAUACGGAAGGAUACAGACUGAGAAUUUGGGAGGUAGAAGGGUGGUGGAUGGGCGAUUCGGGGGUGGCGUGUGGAAUGGAUUCCUGAAGCACAUUAAAAAGUAACUAAAGACUUGAGUCUUCAAAUGUAUUCUCAGUAUCUGAAACUGCUUUAGCAUAAGCGUAUGGUAUGGUACAAUAGAGGUUACCAAAAAGCAAUUUUAAAGAGCUUCCCCCAAGCCUGUACACACUUCCUGUAGUGGGGAAGCUGCAUGGUGAUGAUAUGUAUUUUUUCAAGCUAGUGUUUACAGAGGUGCAUUGAUGUUUGGGGGGAAAGUACUGAAUGGAAGUAAAACAAAAAGGGAAAGGGACCUACUAUUGAAAACUUUCAUCCUUACCUUGUCCCACACUAGCCCUUAAUAACUAAAAUGAGUCUGAUUUGCCUUUGGUCUUCCAGCUCCAAAACAUAUUUGCCUGAAAAUUUUUGUUGGAUGUACUUCGCAUGUUUUGAUAAUGUGACUUAUGAGAUAACACUUCUACAAAGAUAUAUAUAAAUACAUACAUGUACAACCACAUACAUACAUGUACACACACUACAUAUGGACUUAGGAAACUAUAUGGCAUUAUACACCUCCAUGCCUGUAUGUGGCAGCAACCACAGUAAAGGAGGGGAGGUAGCUCAAAAUAGCAUGUACAGUCCUUUAUGGAGUUGUUAUUAAACAGAAUGUGGUCUUGC